AUGGCCGAUUCUAAAAAGGGCAGCGCUUACGGCGCCCCUGCCGGUGACACCGACUUCCGAAAAACGUGGGAUCUGGACGAAUAUGCAGCCAAAGCCAAGGACCGCGAGGCCAAAGAGAAGGAAGAGGCGAAGGCGCGCUACGAAGCAAAGCUCGCAGGCAAAAAAUACCACAAGCCAUUAACUGGCGACGAGACCUACACCACAGCCCGACGAAAUGUCAUCGAUCUUACCGCACAAGUUGGCAAAACACAGCUUGUGCCCGCCGGCGCUGGCGUCGGAAAGCGAGGACGCAGUGCUGGCUUCUACUGCGAGUCGUGCGACCUUACAUUCAAAGACAACAAGCAGUUCAUCGAACAUUUGAAUACUACACAACAUUUGCUGAACACGGGGCAGACGACGGAAGUGAAGCGCGCUACGGCGGAGGAGGUUCACGAGCGGAUUGCGUACUAUGUUCGGAGACGGGAAGAUUUGGAGAAGGAAAAGGCAACGAGCUUACAGGAGAGGCUACAAAUACGAGAAGAGGAGAGAGAAAAGGAGCUGGAGGAAAGGCGGCAACGAAGGAGAGAGGAGGUGGAGAGGAAGCGAAAAGAGAAGGAAGAUGCGGUCAAAGUCAAGACGGAGUAUGGCGAGGAUGUCCGUAUUGAGGGGGAGCAUGACGAGGAUGAUAUGAUGGCGCAGAUGGGAUUUACUGGAUUUGGGACAUCGAAAAAGUAG